AUGUUUAAAAUAUUGUUAUUGUUAAGUUUAAUUAGUUUAGCAUUAGGUGAAACUCAUGUUUGGAACUAUACUGCUGAAUGGGUUGAUGCCAACCCUGAUGGUAAUCUUGAUAGAAAAGUAAUUGGAUUUAAUGGUGAAUGGCCAUUACCAGUUUUAAGAGUUAAGAAAAAUGAUAGAGUUGAAUUCUAUUUAACUAAUGGUUUAGAAGAUGCUAAUACUACUUUACAUUUCCAUGGUUUAUUCCAACCUGGUAGUGCUCAAAUGGAUGGUCCAGAAAUGAUUACUCAAUGUCCAAUUCCACCUGGUGAAACUUUCUUAUAUAACUUUACUGUUGGUGAUCAAGUUGGUACUUACUGGUAUCAUUCCCAUUCUCCAGGUCAAACUGGUGAUGGUAUGAGAGGUGUUUUCAUUAUUGAAGAUGAUGAUUUACCUUAUGAUUAUGAUGAAGAAGUUGUUAUUACUGUUGCUGAUUGGUACCAUAAGAAUAUUACUGAAUUGAUUCCAGAUUUCUUAAACUUAUAUAAUCCAACAGGUGCUGAACCAAUUCCUCAAAACAUCUUAUUGAAUGAUACUAGAAAUAAUACUUGGAAUGUUGAACCAAAUAAGACUUAUCUUGCAAGAUUUGUUAACAUUGGUGGUUUCGUUUCUCAAUAUAUUUAUAUGGAAGGUCAUGAAUUUGAAAUUAUUGAAAUUGAUGGUGUUUACGUUGAACCUCAAACUACUGAAAUGUUAUAUAUCACUGUUGCUCAACGUUAUACUGUUUUAAUUAAGACUAAAGAUAAUACUGAUAAUAAUUAUGCUAUGAUGACUAGAUUCGAUAUUGAUAUGUUGGAUGUUAUUCCAAGUGAUUUAGAAUUGAACUUAACUUCUUAUAUCGUUUAUGAUAGUGAUAAAGAUUUACCAGGUCAAUAUUAUGUUGAUUCUUUAGAUAACUUCUUUGAUGAUUUUACUUUACAACCAACCAAUAAUGAAACUUUAUUCGAUGAUCCAGAUUAUAAAAUUACUGUUGAUGUUGCUAUGGAUAAUUUAGGUAAUGGUAUUAAUUAUGCUUUCUUUAACAAUAUUACUUAUACUUAUCCAAAAGUUCCAACUUUAAUGUCAGUAUUAUCCGGAGGUGAUGAUGCUUCAGAUGUCUCAAUCUAUGGUUCAAAUACUAAUUCUCAUGUUUUACAACAUAAUGAUGUUAUUGAUAUUGUUGUUAACAAUUUAGAUACUGGUAAACAUCCUUUCCAUUUACAUGGUCACGUUUUCCAAGUUAUUGCUAGAGGUGAACCUGUUGAUGAUGCUGAUCCACCAGUUGCCUUUGAUUAUGAUAACCAUACUGAAUUCCCAGAAAUCCCAAUGCAAAGAGAUGUUGUUUAUGUUAAUCCUCAAUCUUAUAUUGUUUUAAGAUUUAAAGCUGAUCAUCCAGGUGUUUGGUUCUUCCAUUGUCAUAUUGAUUGGCAUUUAAUUCAAGGGUUAGCUCUUCAAUUAAUCGAAGCUCCAGAUGUUCUUAUUGCUGAUCCAGAACAACAAAUCACUCAAAAUCAUAUUGAUGUUUGUAAAGCUGCUGGUGUUCCUUAUGAAGGUAAUGCUGCCGCUAACACCAAAGAUUUCUUAGAUUUAAGUGGUGAAAAUACUCAACAUAAACCUUUACCUUCUGGUUUCACUGCUAGAGGUAUUGUUGCUUUAGUAUUCUCUUGUAUUGCUGCUGUUCUUGGUUUAAUCGCCAUUACCAUUUAUGGUCUUGCUGAUAUCAAAAACAUCGAAGAACAUGUUGCUGAAGAUUUACAUGUUGAUAUUUCUGAUGCUGAAGAUGAAGUCAGUGAAUCAAGAUCUUCAUUAAUCGAAAACAGAUAUUAA